CGAUUGUUGGUCUCUGUCGCUCGGACGUACGAUCGUCGUGAAUGCAUGUCUGCUGCUAAACCCCUCCCCUUCUUCCCCGCCUCCUACUUCUACACGCUUUCAAUCACCAGCCAUGUCCAAUAUUUUUGAUGAUUUCAAGGAAGGCCAGAAGAUCGGCUCUGGUGCCCGCCUGGCGGCAUCUCUCUCCCCCGUCGCGACUGCGGAGUACCCCGACCGAUUGAAGUCGUUCUAUUACUUUUCUAACGCCGCACAUGUCUCCACCGACCUCCGAUACUCGCUCUUCCAGGCGAAUGGCUUGAGGCUUCCCAAGCAAGAGCAGAACUCCUGGGUCGAUAUCUUUACCGCUUAUUGGAAAGCUGUGGGGGAGAUUGUUCGAUUUGACGACUCCCCAAGACAUGCCAGUUGGGUGAAGGUGUUCGAUGCUUGGAAGGAUACGGCAAAUCAGUUAAUCAGGGGAUAUUCGACAGGCAGUUUGCAAGCCUGGACAGUGCCAUGCUUGUAUUCUGUCGGGAGAUAUUUGCGGGCCUUCGCGAUGAAGGCAGAUGCUGAGCUUUCUGCCCAAGACUCCGUCACUUUUGACGAUCGCUUCCAAGAUGAUGCGACAGAUGCCAAGAAUCCAAAGCUGGAGGAAGCUACACGAGUGCUUAACAGAAUGUUCACUUUGUGUCUAAGUGACCGGGCACCGAUCGAGGAAUCGCGGAAAUGGGGCAUCUACGACACUACAAACCUGUUGUUCAAGACAUACUUCAAGCUUAACACCGUUGGCCUCUCCAAGAACUUGCUGCGGGCCCUCAAUGCCUCGUCUGCAGACCUUCCUGGCUUGGAAGCCUUCCCGAAGUCCCAUAUUGUCACCUUUGAAUACUAUGUCGGUGUUAUACACUUUCUGGAUGAAAACUAUGCCGAAGCUGAAGAGCAUCUGUCGUACGCAUGGAGGAUGUGCAACAAACAUGCGACAAAGAAUAGAGAAUUGAUUCUCACCUACCUCGUCCCCUGCCACCUCGUCACCACACAUACCUUGCCCAGCAAAAAGCUGCUUGCACCGUUUCCUCGUCUCGAGAAGCUCUUCCGUCCAUUGUGCGACUGCAUCAAAAGGGGAGACCUGGGCGGGUUCGAUGCCGCAAUGACAGCCGGGGAGGAGGAAUUUGUUAAGAGACGCAUAUACUUGCCCCUGGAAAGGGGACGCGAUAUCGCUUUACGGAACCUCUUCCGCAAGGUCUUUAUUGCCGGUGGAUUUGACGAGCCCAAGGAAGGACAGCCUCCUAUCCGCCGCACACGGGUUCCCGUUGCCGAGUUUGCAGCGGCAUUAAGGAUCGGCACUCAUGCUGACGAUCGGUCCCGCAUAGACAUUGAUGAGGUUGAAUGUCUGUUGUCGAACCUUAUCUACAAGGGGUUGAUGAAAGGAUACAUUGCCCGUGAGCGCGGCAUGGUCGUAUUGAGCAAAGGUGGAACUGCAUUCCCUGGAACGGGGGUUUAAUCCUGCUAUCAUCUGUCAUCGCAUCUUUGAUGACAGCCUCCCCCUUUUUUUUUACACCUAUCGAACAGUAUCGGGCCACCAGUAUGCCAUGCACAAGGGCAUAAUCCAAGAGCCGUCAAGAUCACGGCUAUGGCAGGGACAUCUGCGUCGCUUGCCAGCCUGUAUGAUAUGCGCUACCACAGGUCUUUGAGCAGCUCCCAUGCGGCAUGUAUAUCCUAGAUGGCGGCCUACAGGAUCUAUACCUCCAACGGCGCUGGUACAUGAACGGACGGUAUACCCCGCA